GUAGAAAUUUAUUGAAUUUAGCUGCUCUUCGCUGCCUAGCAUUCACAAAUUAAUUUCAUCGACCAGUUGUGGCGCGACUGGCGAUUACGCAAACUGAAAAUUUCAAAAAUCUUAGCAAACUAUAGUGUGCGCUUUUAUAUUAAUUUAUUAUAGAUAUACACAUAUAGUAUAUUUAUUGUAUAUGCUGACAUCUGUUUCAAAAUUCGCGUGCCGUCUGUUUGGAAAAUAAUUUAAAAAAAACACAUAAAUUUUCAAAAGUUCAGUAGAAGCGCGAGGCAAAAAAAAAAGAAUGACAAAUCCUGGCAAAUGCGCAGUUUGUGGAGUGACGGCGGCACAGAAGUGCGGCGGCUGUCGAAAUGUGGUCUAUUGUGGCAAAGAGCAUCAGAUCAUACACUGGAAGAAGGGUCACAAGGCGGAGUGCAAGUGUUAUGAGGUCGCUAUAAAUGACAUACUAGGACGUCAUUUGCGCGCCACACGCGACAUUAGAAAAGGGGAAAUUUUCCUACGCGAAAAACCCUUCAUCUACGGACCUAAGGUAGCUAGCGCACCUGUCUGCCUGGGAUGCCAUCGUACAUUAACCGCUCCUGAACCGCCGCAAAAGAAUUAUUACAAGUGCACGCGCUGCACAUGGCCCAUGUGUGGUCCGCAUUGCGAGCGCUCAUUGCAGCAUGUUGACGAGUGCGAAAUCAUGGCGGCACGAAAGUUCAAUUCCAAAAUAGAUUACUAUUCCUCUAAGCACCAGACGGGUAAGAAGGAGUCGGCAUAUUGCGUCAUUCUACCACUACGUUGUAUACUUCUACAUAAUAAAAACCCGGAAGCAUUUGCACGCUUCGCACAACUGGAAGAUCAUCUCAGUGAACGCGUCAAUACGCCACUCUACAAUAUACUCAGCGCCAAUUUGUUGACUUUUAUCAAAACAAUAAUGGGCUUCAGUGAAUGGAGCGAUGAGGAUGUAUUGCGUGUGGCAGCGCGUUUAGACACAAACGCUUUUGAGAUACGCCAACCAGCGACUGGGCAGAAACUGCGCGCUGUCUACGCAAAUGCGGCGAUGAUCUCACACGAUUGCAUUUCCAAUGCGCGUCACACUUUUGACGAGCAGAUGCAGAUACUCUUUAUAGCGAAACAAAAUAUAGCGAAGGGUGAAAUUAUUGCAACUUCGUAUACGCAGCCGCUGAAAUGUACGCUCAUGCGUCGUCAACAUUUGCAGUUGGCAAAAUGUUUCGAUUGUAUAUGUACGCGCUGCAAGGAUCCUGAAGAGUUGGGCACAUUUGCGGGCGCCAUAUUAUGCAGAAAAUGCAAAGUAGGUAAGAUAAUAUCGACAGAUCCGCUGGACAACGGUGCCUUGUGGAAGUGCCAGCUUUGUCCACAUGAAAUUCCUGCUAAGCAAGUCAAUUGGGGUAACAACGCCAUGGUGAAGGAAAUCGAGUCGUUGAAUAAGACUUCACCGCGUGCGCUUGAGGAGUUCAUACAUCGCUAUCGCGACACGUUGCACGAGAAAAACACGCACGUGUUGCAAGUAAAGUAUGCGCUGACGCAGCUGUAUGGCAACGCACCCGGUUUCCUAAUGCACGAAAUGACUGACGGUGCAGUGAAGCGAAAAGUGGAACUUUGUCAAGAGCUGCUGGAAGUGGCCGAUAUACUGGACGGUGGCUGGAGCAUAUUCCGUGGUAAUUUACUGCUCGAUUUGCAGGAAGCAUUGGUAGUGCAAGCAAAACGUGAAUUCAAAAGUGGCUUAUUGACGAAAGCGAAUGUGCAGGAGAAGCUCGCAGAGGCAAUGGAGUUGCUGAAGGAAGCUGUGGAAAUAAUGAAACUCGAACCUGAUAUGCAAGAGGUUUUAAAGGAGCGUACACAGCAGUUAGCCGAUGAAUUAGAUAUGGAUUAAAUUAUGGAGUUGAGAUGCUUAAGCAAUAACUUUAAUAUAAAAGUGUUUAA